AUCAUCAAUCGAAAAGAAAAAAAGAACUGCUUUUUAAACGUCAAAUAUAUAAACUUUUUUUAAGAACUCUAUUUUUUUUUUUUUAAUUUUGGCGGGAAGUAAUGUCAACAGUUUUACUAUAAUAAAUAAUAAUUGUGUCAAAAUGAUAAGGAAAGUUGUUAUUUUGCUUAUUGUCACUCAGGUGUUUAGUGAGAAGGUAUUCAAAAGUGUACCGGUUGUAGUGAAAACUUACGAAAAUGAUACAGUGUUGCUACCUUGCUACAUUGAUGACACGGAGGCGAAACUCCGCGUCCGCUGGUACAAAGACAAGAGUCUGCUUGGUGACAGUGAUAUACCACACCACCUGCUACCACCAAGGACCAGGAUGUACGCCAACUUCAGUCUGCAAAUAGACGAGCUGAAUGCGAGGGAUAGCGCUGAUUAUACUUGCGAGGUCAUUCGGCCAGAGCCUUGGGGUCCAAUCAGACAAACACACACUAUAGAAGUUCAAUAUGCACCGACAGUCAAAACUAUACCCGAAGAUGGUUUCGUAGAAGUCCGCAAGGGUGACUAUGUGGAUAUCGGAUGCGAGACUACUGGGACUCCUCUACCAGUCGUCGACUGGAGUAAGAAUGGAGCCGCCAUGGCAUUAUUAGACCACCGGUCGCGGAUUCGAUUCCGCGCGGAACACAGAUCGUUGGCCGGCGUGUAUGAGUGUACCGUGAGUAAUGGGGUCGGGGAUCCCGUGAAAGCCUCCAUAAACGUUGUUAUAUAUGACGCACCGGUAGUAACAACUGAACGCAGUUUCGUGCACACAGCAGUGGGUUUGCGCGCGGUUUUGUCUGCAAAGUUAGAGUUUGCCACACCACCGGCUAGGACCGCUUGGUUCAGAGAUGGGAAACCUGUUAAAUUGGAUGAUAGGGUGGUUCUUAUGGUACAGGAUAACAUGCACCAGCUGAUAUUCCGCACAGUGCGGAAAUCCGACCUCGGAAAUUACACUUUCCGUGCGGAAAACAGUCUCGGAAUGGCCGACGUUGCGUUUAAACUGACUGGUGUACCGAAUAUAGCGUCAUUUAAAGUAGAACCAGCGUUGAAUAAGGCAACACCAGUCUCAUAUACCUUGUUUUGGGAGGUUGACUCUUAUUCCUCUAUUAUUGAAUACAAUCUCUGGCUCCGUCCAUACUACGGUCGUUUAACAACGCUCGAGCCAGAUGCAUUUACGACAGAACCGCCGGCUAAUGUCUGGAGCAAAAUCGUUGUUCCCGGCGACUCUAGUGAUGGACCAAUUCACAGCGCUACAUACACCGUGAGAGGUUUAACUCCUUCUACUGUCUAUGAAGCGAUAGUUACGUCUAGAAACAGGUUCGGUUGGAGUAAACCGUCAGCAGUGUUACAUUUUGCUACAGAACCUGGAUUUGGACGAACAUUACCAUCCACAUUCGAAGAGACAGAUAUAACACCAAUAUUGGAGGAGCCACAACAAGAAGAAGCUUUUAAUAUAACAAAAGCGCAUAUUUUUGAACGACUAAAUGAAACGUCAAACGGCUUUGCGCGGGAAACGUGGAGUUUUGCCACCAUAUUUAUUCUUGUUAUGUCAUUUUUGUUACGAUAAAUAAUUAAUAAAUUAAUUUGUGUUUAAUUCAUUUUUGAUACUCAAUUGUUGUAAAUAUAAUAAAUAGCGUUAUUAUUUAUAAAGACUAAUUAA